AGUCAGCGAUAACCAUAUCGUACAUCAUGUUGAAGUUUGUGAUUUUAUUGUCAGCUGUAGCCUGCGCCUCCUUGGCCGCCGAAAUCCCCAGGGGUAUGUUGCCCCAAUUAGAUGGCCGCAUUGUGGGUGGUCAAGCUACCACAAUCAGUGCCUUCCCCUGGCAAGUCUCUCUCCAGCGCAGUGGCUCUCAUUCUUGUGGUGGCUCUGUCUACUCUGCUAAAAUUAUCAUUACCGCUGCCCAUUGCUUGCAAGGAGGUGUCCCCACCUCCAUCCUAAAGGUCCGUGCUGGUUCCACCACCUACAAUGCUGGCGGAAGUUUGGUAUCCGUAGCUGCCUACAAAAAUCAUGAAGGCUACAGUUCCAACCUCAUGACCAACGAUAUUGCUGUCAUCCGUUUGAGCUCUUCCCUCACUUUCAGCUCCACCGUAAAAACGAUCACAUUGGCUACCAAGGCUCCUGCUAGUGGUGCUGCCGCCGUUGUCUCUGGCUGGGGUACUUUACAAUCCGGAGGUUCUACACUACCCACCACUUUGCAAUACGUUGAUCUCAGCAUUGUCAGCCGUGAAGAUUGUGCCUCUUCCACUUAUGGCUAUGGCACGAACAUUCUUCCCACCAUGAUCUGUGCCUAUUCGGUGGGCAAGGAUUCUUGCCAAGGUGACUCUGGUGGCCCACUGGUGUCUGGUGGCAAACUGGUUGGUGUCGUAUCCUGGGGUUAUGGUUGCGCUUGGGCCAACUAUCCUGGUGUCUAUGCUGAUGUUGCUGCUCUUCGAUCCUGGGUUUUGGAAGCCGCUUUCAAAGUUUAAAUAGCUAGUAAGAAUGUUACAUUGUUGUGGAAUUGUGAUAAAGAAUAUAAACUAAAAAAUCUAUCUUUCUUCUAUUAUAUAAAAAAUAAA